GGCGCCGCCGGCGGGUUGUGAUCUGCUCCGAUAAGAAAUUUGAAAAUAUUACGUUUCUGGGUCAUUUUCGGUGCAAGUUAAUCUGAGACCAUGAAGCGGAAGGAGAAGUUUGCCAGUGAAACUGGCUUUGAAGGAUGGGGUGACUACAUGGAUGCGAAAAUCUCCAAACUGGAGGAUCAGUUCCGUCACAACGCCGCCAACGUCGAGUUGAAACUGUCCAACCUUUUCGACGGAAUCUCGAUCUUCGUCAACGGUUACACGAAUCCUUCGGCCGAAGAGUUGAAACGGCUCAUGAUGCAGCACGGUGGCACGUUCCAUCACUACAAGCGCCCCACGACGACCUACGUGAUAGCGUCGAUUCUGCCGGACGUGAAGGUCAAAGCGAUCACCUCGGACAUCAUCCUCCGUCCGCAGUGGGUCGUCGAUUGCAUCGCUCAGAACUUGAUCGUAGAUUACAAACCGUACCUGCUGUAUUCAAACAGUUCGAAAGCUUCGCAGCCCAAGCUGGCUUUUGGGCGGCUGGACAAGCAGGAAGACUUGAGGAAGCCGGUACAUAAAGCUGAAGGAAAGGACGACAUCAAUCGGGACGAGUUCAUGAACUUGAUGAGCAAACUGCACGUACUAAACGAACAGAUGAAGGCCGGUGAAACGAAGGCAGAACAGCAAAGCGAACCAGCCUGCGAUCUGGACAGCACCGCUAACAUGGAGGCGCAGAUUUUGGCCGGCUCGCCGGAAGUGUUCGAGAGCGAUGCCCCCGAGCAACCUCCCGAACCAGUAAAACUCGAACCGGAAGCAGAACCCAAAAAAUCCGACUCUCGAGCCGCCCUCGUCGCAACGGAUCCAAACUUUCUUUCAGAAUUCUUCGCCCACUCCCGGCUACACCACAUCGCAACCCUUGGAUCCGGCUUCAAGCAGCACGUGAGCGAACUCCGCGAAGCCCACGACGGCAAGUUCCCCGCGCGGGACACCCUCGCCCAAGAAAUCCCCACCACCAAGGCGGACGAGUUCGAAGCGACCCCCGCCGCAGCCGGCCCCCUCAUCAUGCACAUCGACAUGGACUGCUUCUUCGUGUCGGUUGGGCUGCGCAGCCAUCCCGAACUGCGCGGUCAACCAGUGGCCGUGACGCACUCGAAAGGUUCCGAAGCGGGCACGAUGCAGACGCGACCGGGCCAGGACCGGGCGAAGGAAAUCGAGCUGUACCAGAAGCGGCUCGAGGAGCGCUACAAGACGCCGGACAUUCCGUACGAGUCGCGGCUGCUGAACGUGACGGACAACAACUCGAUGUCGGAGAUUGCCUCGUGCAGUUACGAGGCGCGCCAGAAGGGCGUCAAGAACGGGAUGUUUGUCGGGUCGGCGCUGAAGCUGUGCCCGGAGCUGAAGACCAUCGCGUACGACUUCGAGGGGUACAAGGAGGUGGCGUUUGCGCUGUACAAUACGGUGGCCAAAUACACCCUCAACAUCGAAGCGGUCAGCUGCGACGAGAUGUUCGUCGACCUGACUGACCUUAUCUCCAGCACCGGCGUGGACGUGAUGGACUUUGUGUCGUUUUUGCGCGCCCAAAUCAAGCAGGUUACCGGUUGUCCAUGCUCGGCCGGAGUUGGCGCCAACCGGCUGCAAGCCCGAAUGGCCACCAAGCGUGCCAAGCCAAACGGGCAGUACUAUCUGGCGCCGGACGGGGUUGAGGAGUACAUGCGGGACAUUGCGAUCGGGGAGCUGCCCGGGAUUGGGCCGAGCACGAGCUACCGGCUGAAGCAGCUCGGGUUUGGGACUUGUGGAGAUUUGCAGAACGUGGCCGUUGCGAUUUUGCAGCGUGAGUUUGGGAAGAAGUUUGGAGAUAUGAUUUAUCAGGCUUGUCGGGGGGUUGAUGACCGGCCGUUGGUUUACGACAAGGUUCGCAAGUCGGUGUCGGUUGAUGUGAAUUACGGGAUUCGGUUUAAGACGGAGGGGGAAGUGGAGCGGUUCAUGAAGCAGCUGACGGAGGAGAUUACUAAGCGUUUGUGUGAGAUCAAGCAGAGGGGGAAGCUGGUUACGGUCAAGCUGCUUGUGCGAUCGCCGGAAGCUCCGGUUGAGACGGCCAAGUACAUGGGCCAUGGGCUGUGCGAUAUUGUUACCAAGUCGCAACCGUUGAAGGAGCACAGCUGUGAGUUGGAGGUCAUUCAGCGAGCUGUACUGGGGUUGAUGAAACAGAUCGCGGCACCGCCGCACGAACUCCGUGGAAUUGGUCUUCAGAUAUCCAAAUUUGAAGAGAAGAAGUCCCACGUUGAGACGAAAAAUUCACUGAAGAGCAUGUUCCAGAAAGUUGAAGCUAAGAACGCGAUCGCCCCGAAGAAGGAACCUUCCCCCGUCAAGUUGGAACUGACUCCUCGAAAGCUUGAAGUUACUCCGACGAAAACGGCCCCGAGUCCGUCAACGCCGAAGGUGUCCCCAAAGCGAACCGAAACCAAAUCCAAAACUCAACCGCCCAAGUUUGGCCGAGGACGAGGUCGUCCGCCAAAGUACCUCUCGCUGAACAAGUCCAAGCAGACCAACGACAUGACAAAAUUUCUUAAAGAUUCCAAAUCGGACCAUCCGAAAGACCCAGAACCAAUCCCGGAGGGACUCGACCCGGAAGUGCUGGCCGCCCUUCCGGACGACAUCCGCGCCGAAGUGAUCAAAGAUUACAAGUUUCAAGCUAAACUUCAAAAGAAUUCCGCUGCCCCAGUCAACCAACCCGUCAAACCCGAGCAAGUGUCCCCUCCCCAGCAGCCGUCCACUUCCGGUCGCAAACCUCCGGCCCCAACUCCGGAAAGUCCGGAAAAAACGAACAAAAUCUGCGUCGACUUCAAGUUCCUCCAAGCCCUGCCGCCGGAACUUCGCCAGGAGGUUGAACGCCAAAUCGAACUCCAGAAGGACACCAUGGUCAUCACGAGCACCGAGCCGGAGUUUGAGGAACGCCUGCAGGUGACCCCGGAAGCGAGUCCAGUGAAACAAAUCGUCGCCGAGGAGGACGACGAAGAUGGCAACGUGCUGCUUCGGCCGAACUGGCGCCAACUGCUAACGGCCUGGGUCGAGAGCGGUGACGUGCCGGAGCAGGUGGACGUGGACAUGGUUGCGGCGGGGGCGUGCGAUUUGAUCGAGCGGAAGAUGCUGUACGAGCUGCAGCAGGCGCUUCGGUUGUUGAACAGGACGAUCGGGGAGCAGGUUGGGGGUGGAUGUGGUUGGCAUGGGGCGUACGGCAGGAUUGUGGAACGGGUUCAGGUGGGCAUGGUGGCGGGUUACGGCACGAAGCUGGCCGUUCCGAAGGGGUUUGAGUGUGGGGAGUGUUGCAAUGUUAAGGAGGAGGGGAAGGUGUAAAGCACUGACGUCAGUGGUUUGGUGUUAUAUAGGAUGCAAU